AUGCCAGGGUUAGUAGGCGAGACGCAGAGUGCGUUUGUCAAGGAUCGCAAGAUUCAUUGUGGUGCCUUUAUUGCGUGUGAAACAGUUCAGUGGAUUAAACUGAAGAAGAAGGAAGCAGCAAUAAUAAAGUUAGACUUUCAGAAAGCAUACGAUAGAGUCAAGUGGAGUUUUGUCGACCUUGUGCUACAGAAGAUGGGAUUUGGACAGAAAUGGAGGGGAUGGGUUAUGGAGUGUGUCAGUACAUGCUCUAUAAUGAUUGGAGAGGCUGUUAGGAACGGUUGCAUAUCGCCGUUGUUGGUUGGGAGAGAUCAUAUUGAGCUGUUGCAUCUUCAGUUUGCAGAUGAUACUAUUUUGUUCUGCCCCCCAGAAGAAGAGACCAUCAAGAAUUACAGGAGGCUGCUUCGUUGUUUCGAGUUGAUGUCAGGCCUAAGUAUUAAUUUUGACAAAUCAAGCUUGGUUUCUGUUAACUGUGAUGAUCAAUGGGUGCUGCAGAUGGAAAUGGCUCUGGAGGAUAUAUCAAGCUACAGCUUUACUAGGACAAUUUGGAAAGGGCUUGUUCCACCUAGAGUUAAGUUAUUUGCUUGGUAUGGUGUGCUUAGAUAUCAUAUGUUGGAAUGCACUGGGUCUCUCCAGGUACGGUGA